AUUUUGUUAUUUCCCACUGCUUCAGACAGAAUCGAGGAGUUUCUCUUUCUCCCUCAGCUCCGGCGGUAACCACAGCACCUUCUUCAACUUCACGGUGUAUUUUCUUUGAACUGUUCGGAAUUACUGUUAUAUUAUAGCUUAGCUCUCAAUUCUCCAUCGUUUUUGUUUCUGAAAAUUACAAGUUUGCUAAAUAUUGUUGUUGUAAUUUUAAUCUCCCGGUGACUGUGUGGCGUAGUGCUUGGAUUCUUAUUGUUCGAAUCGGUGGAAUAUGCUUUCUGCUUGUUUUGUGUUCUGUUGGCACCGAUAUCAUGUUUGGUUUCUUUUACAAGGGGACGAGCUGGCUAGAGAAUCGGCGACUUGAUGCUCCAGAUGCUACCGGCGGUUUCUACUUGUUUUUUGGAUCCAUCUCAAACUGGUUUCUUCAUUGGCAAUGUGGAGUUUACGAGCCGGCACUUGUCUGCUCUAAGAUCACAUACUCCUCGAGUGAAGUUUGCGCACAAACUGUUGUCUCAAGAAUUGCCAACAUCACUAAGGACUUUAUCCUAUACCAGUCAGGAAUAUGGAAAAGAUCCUAUUUCGAAGAGACGAGAAGUGUAUCGUCAGAAUGUGGAUCUUCCAACCAUAUUGCCUAAAAGGAAAAAGAAACCCUAUCCUAUUCCCCUGAAGCAAAUCAAGCAGGCUGCAAAAGCUGACAAAGAGCUUGCACAAAAGGGUAUAGAGAAACCGCUUGAACCUGGGAAAAAUGGUUUACUUGUCCCUGAUUUGAUACCUGUCGCUCAUGAAGUACUGGAUGCUUGGAAAAUUUUGAUUAAGGGCCUUUCCCAUCUUCUACAUGUUAUUCCAGUAUAUGCUUGCAGGGAAUGUUCAGAAGUUCAUGUAGCCCAAUCAGGCCACCAUAUUCAAGAUUGUCUUGGUCCUACCAAUGAAAAGCGUCGAAGCUUCCACUCAUGGGUUACUGGUUCUAUCAAUGAUGUCUUAGUCCCUAUUGAGUCAUACCAUCUCUACGAUCCUUUUGGUCGGCGCAUUAAGCAUGAAACACGAUUUGAAUAUGAUAGAAUUCCAGCUGUUGUAGAGCUCUGCAUCCAGGCCGGUGUGGAUAUACCAGAGUACCCGUCACGUAGGAGGACUAAACCCAUCCGAAUGAUCGGAAAGAAGGUAAUUGAUCGAGGUGGAAAUAUUGAGGAGCCUAAGCCUUGGCAAUCUGCUGAUUCUUACCCUCUUCUUGAUUUCGAUACACAAGGGGCUUCUCAACGAUUUGCACCUCCUCUACCUGUAGAUGUCCCUAGAAUUGCUCAAGAAACAAUCGAGGCAUAUGAAACUGUUAGGUCUGGUGUAAGGAUGUUAAUGAGGAAGUAUACAGUGAAGGCUUGUGGGUACUGCUCCGAGGUUCAUGUGGGACCAUGGGGUCAUAAUGCUAAGCUAUGUGGAGAAUUUAAGCACCAAUGGAGGGAUGGAAAGCAUGGUUGGCAGGAUGCAACUUUAGACGAAGUACUGCCUCCAAAUUAUGUUUGGCAUGUUCCUGAUCCAAAAGGCUCACCAUUGAUCGGUACAUUAAAGAGAUUCUAUGGUAAGGCUCCUGCUGUGGUUGAAGUGUGCAUGCAGGCAGGGGCACAGAUCCCCAAGAAAUACUUCCCAAUGAUGAGGCUCGAUAUAGUCCUUCCUGACAGUGAGGAGGCUCGAUCGGUUGCAUAAUUGUGUUGGCCUAAGUCAGGACAGUUUCAUCUUCGAUUUUCUCAAGGAAGAGAAAAUCUUUAAAACGCUGAAAUCUGGACAGCUUAGAUGCUACAUUAAGAGCAGUUGGAUAAGUGAGGAUAUUAGAUGCUACAUCUUUGAGUUCGGACAUGAAUGAUUGUAAAUUUCAGAGAUGAAAACCUGAAGCAGAAGGGAACCUCUUGCUGUUAUGCUGUAUCUCCUGCUCAUUUUUUGUAUAAACUGUUUUUUACUGUUCUCUUUUUCAUCUUAUCAAAGGUGCUCCUGUUAGGCUUCCAUGCAAAUUAAGGAUUUCUCUUACCAGACUCAUUUUCUCCUACUUUAUUGAGGAAUAUUGAAAAGUUUAUCUUGACAAGUCAAUGAAAUGAGAGGAAUCCAAGGACUCAGAAGACAAGACGAGAAGACACCCAGAUCUUUACUGUAUAAUUUAGUAUCUGUUAUAUCUGAUCAUUAACAUUUCAACUGUGUAGUGAUUUUCUGUAAUAUUUUCGCAAGGUAUCUAAUUCCCAUUUGUCUCU